AUGUCAAAAUUAUACUACAAUAAUCAAUUCAUCACUGAUUUGAUACCAAAUUAUAAUAAUAAUGAAUGUUUAAAUUUAAUUGAAAAUUUAAUACUUGAUCAAGUACUGUUAAAUGAAAAAAAAAAAAUUGAAAAAUCUAUUAAAAUUACUAAAAACGAUAACAUUAAAAAAUCUAUUGAUAGAUUAUUAAAAUUGUUUAGUAACGAUACUGAUGGUGGAAAAAGAACAAUUUGUUUGUACUCGUUAGGUAAUAAUUUGCAAAAAUUAUUGACCAUCUUACAAAUUUUCAAAAAAAUUCAAAAAAAUACUGUAAAAAUAAUACAAUAUAAUAAAUUAACUUCAUUUAAUCAAGUUACAAACAAAAAAGGUAACGAAUUAUUGGAAUCAAAAAAAUUUAUACCAAUUUUAAUCGUUAUAUUAACUACUGAAAAAAUUACUGAUAAUAAUUCAUUAAAUUUAGAAAGCUUGGGAUUCACAAGACAACUCGAUUGA